ACUUGGACGGCACUAGGUGAUCUUUCAAAGCUUAUUAACUUUCUGUUUGGUGCCAAUGUAUUGCCGCGCAGUGAGUACAUGUUUCGCAAGCUGUGGAGUAAAGAAGCAGAAGAGGUGCUACAAUACUAUUAUGUAUGUGAUACAUGCAGUGCAGUAAUGACGCCACAAGGCAAAAUGGCAGAGUGCCCAAUUUGCGAGCGCAUUGAAAGGCUUAAGGCCUUGAAAGAAAAAGGCUCAUUUUUUAUCAUCCUUGACUUUCACAAACAGCUCAGCUUUUUGAUAGAAAAAACAAAAUCUGAGUUAGAGUCGAGUUUGGUAAAAGCACGAUUGCUGGUAUCGAAAAUAAGUGAUAUCACAAAUGCUCGGUGCUAUGCUAAACUGAAGAAGGCAAGAAAACUUGCAGAUGAUGACUUGACACUGACCAUAAACACUGAUGGAAGCCCGGUCUUCAAGUCGUCAAAAACAUCCGUGUGGCCUCUUCAGUUCAUUGUUAAUGAACUGCCACCGCAUUUGCGCUUCAAGCACCCGGUACUUGCAGGACUUUGGUUUGGCAAGUCACAUCCAAACAUGCAACUCUUCCUCAACAAGUUCGUGCAAGAAGUGAACAGCACGAAACCAGUGAGAUGGACUUACCAGAACAAAGUGCAUACAUCUAGACCUUUCGUACUUUGCUGUUCUGUGGAUGCGCCUGCAAGGGCAGCUGUGCAAAACAUGGUGCCCUUCAAUGGCUAUUUUGGGUGCCCUUGGUGCCUUAUAAGGGGUGAGCAUGUGGAAGGGAGCAUGAGAUAUGUCACAGAGCAGCCAGUUGAGGCACGGACUUCUGACCUACUCAAGAGAGAUAUGAAGAUGGCACUUCAUUACAAAGAUGUCAUCAAUGGUGUGAAAGGACCUUCAGCAUUGAUCAACUUGGAAGGUUUUGAUCUCGUGAAUGGUCAAAGUGUGGAGUACAUGCACUGUGUACUUCAAGGUGUCACCAAACAACUGACUGAGACGAUCCUUUCGUCUACAAACUGCAACCAGCGCUUCUAUGUUGGUGCACCUUCAGUUGCUGCAAAGAUAGAGUCACGGCUACUUGCCAUAAAGCCCCCACACUGCGUGACCAGGCUGCCACGCCCACUCAAAGAUCGCGGCCACUGGAAGGCAUCGGAAUGGAGGCACUGGAUAUUGUUUUAUGCACUCCCUUGCCUUGAUGGUAUCCUGCACCCCGAGUAUUGGAAGCACCUGUCUCGGCUCUCAGAAGGCAUCCACAUCCUCCUUCAGGAAGAAUUGGAUGCCCGUGACAUUGACAGAGCAGAGGCCCUCUUGAGCAAUUUUGUUUGCCGCUGCGAGACGUUAUACGGCACAGCAUUCAUGACGUUCAAUGUCCAGGCCCUGCAACACUUGGCAAACUGUGCUCGCUCACUUGGACCACUUUGGGCACAUUCAGCGUUUGUGUGAGGGGGGAAUGGCAGCAUUGUGCGCCUAGUGUCAGCUGCAAACGGGCUGCCAUGGCAGAUAACUGAACGAGUCAUCAUGGCACAAAAGCUGAAUCAGCUGAUAGAAAGUGUCCUGUUGUCUCCUUCAGAAAGAGAGCUCUGCAAUGAGUUCAUUGGUUACCCACCCAUAAAAAAGGCAUUGAAUGUUUGCAAUUUGACUUUGUUGGGGGGGGAAAAGAUAGAGUCCUCAGUGCUGAUGAACAGGACAAACUUCGCCAUUCCUGUGGGAUAUCCAUAA